GUUUGAUUCUUGACGCACAACAUCGACCAGAUGAUCGACUUUUUGUGAGUUUCACGAACAUGAAUUUCCCCGAGAGGCUACGUCAAUUUGACGCUUACCCUAAAACUCUCGAGGACUUCCGGAUCAAGACCGCGCUGAUACUCAAAUUUGUUUUGGCGGUGUUCGAACACCUGCCGCUCUAAUUUUGCGACGAUUCGAUCGGUCACUGCAUUUCGAUACUAAACAUCGAUCGAUCUGUCGAUCUGCAGUUCAAUCAUCAUGGUCUUACUUUUUUUAUCUGAACUUUAUGAUUUUGUUACUCCAACUUUGAAGGAAGAAUUAUUUGUUGAUACAUCAAGGGGUUCUAAAUUAAAAAUUAAUUUCGACUUUAUCAUUCCAUCGGUAUCUUGUAGCAUAUUGUGUUUGGAUGCUGCAGAUGCAACUGGAGAACAGCAUUUAUGGAUAGAUCAUAAUGUAUAUAAAAGAAGAUUAGAUUUAGAUGGUAAACCUAUUGAAGAACCAAAGAAAACAGACAUUACUGAAAUUAAAAAGACAACUAUCAAGUCAACUGAAAAUACAACAACAGCGACAGAGUGUGGUGACUGCUACGGAGCACAGAGUAAAGAAUUGGGUAUAAAAUGUUGUAACUCUUGUGAAGCUGUUAAAAAAGCAUAUGCAAUGAGGAAAUGGGCUAUUCCUGAUCCUUCUAAAUUUGUCCAAUGUAAAAGUGAUGGAUCUUCUUUAAGUUCAACAGAUGUAUUUAGCGAAGGAUGUCAAAUUUAUGGUUAUAUUGAGGUGAAUAAAGUUGCAGGGAGUUUCCAUGUUAUGCCUGGAGACAGCUUAUCGAUAGAUAACCUUCAUUUGCAUAAUGUUGCAGAACAUUCUAUCUCUAAAUUCAAUAUGAGUCAUAAAAUAAGACACUUAAGUUUUGGUACAAACAUUCCUGGAAAAACAAACCCUAUUGACAACUCUACAAUUACAGCAUUAGGAGAUACGAACAUGUUUCAAUACUACGUAAAGGUGGUUCCUACUACGUUUGUAAGAUUAGAUGGGUCAAUCCUUCAAACGAAUCAAUUCUCAGUGACAAGGAGUUUUAGAAAAUCAAUGCCUGGAAUCGUUUUUAACUAUGAACUCAGUCCUUUAAUGGUGAAAUAUACUCAAACUCAAAAAUCAAUUGGACAUUUUUUAACGAAUACUUGUGCUAUUAUUGGUGGCACGUUCACAACUGCGAGUAUUUUUGAUAGCUUCUUAUAUCACUCAGUCCGUGCAAUACAAAAAAAGAUCGAACUAGGAAAAUUAAACUAAAAAAAACUAAAAGUCUUGAAUCUCUUGUUUUACAUAAUGACAAGAUGUAUAAAUUUAUUCAACUGUACAAUAAAAUUUAUUUCCAUAAAAUCAGGGUAGUUUU